AUGGACUCAGAGGAGUUACAUUCUCUCUUAGACGCGGCUAUGGCGAAGUCUGUGACCCAGGCCAUAUUCACCGCCAUGGGUGCCAUGUCGGAUAAUUUAUCUCAUUCCAUAACCAAUGCGAUGAGAGCCACGCAAUUGGCGCCAAACCCCAUGGCUAACCCCCCAGAAAACAAACCGGUGGCCCCUAGUGGGCGUAAAGCUGCUAAAAAGUCUCGCCAUUUAGACGAGUAUGCCUCCAAAAACCUACAGAUGGACAGGGCACGUCCUGUCACAGAACCUGUGGUUGGACCACAACUUAGAGCCCCACACCGGGCAAAAUCG